AUGCAGUACUUCCUCUCCCUGAACAAGGACUCUGGCAAACUCUGCGACGCAUUCAAACGAGACCUCUUCCCCACCGAAGUGCCGAUAACAGCCGAAGAGAGGGAUUUUCCUCUCGGUUUUAUCCUCACUGUGUACAAAAGCAUCAAUCAGGUGGCGCGUCUGCUACGUCUCAUAUAUCGGCCACAAAACUUCUACGUCAUUCACGUGGAUAGAAAGUCACCACAGGAGUUCUAUGACGCAGUCCAAGAAAUCGCAAAAUGCUUCGGUUCCAAUGUUGGUGUAGUUCCUCGAACGGAAAGCGUCAGCGUUGUCUGGGGAGAUUACACAGUCUUAGAGCAGGAACUCGUUGCCGCGCGAAUGCUCCUGCAAAUGGGGAAGUGGAAGUAUUUCAUAAAUCUGACAGGCCAGGAAUUGCCUCUGAAGACAAACUUGGAAUUGGUCCUGGCACUCAGAAUGCUAAAUGGAUCCAACAUCGUUGAGGCAUCAUUAAAAAAUCGAUUCAAAUUCCGAAUACCGAGACAUAGACCAUCAUUCCCAGUAAGUAGUGUGGUCUAUUAAAUGAGGCUAUUUCAUGACAUCUUUAAUCAUACUGUGUCCUAUAAUACAGCCUUCAUUAAAUCUGAUAGGCGCAUUUGGCGUGCAGUGCAAGCGAAGCAGUUUGUUUCCCUCUCAGCAUUUGUUGUUGCAUCUUUUAUGUUCAUUGUAAAUCACAGAAUGUUCGUGCAGAGAAGGGAGAAUGUUUGUGACCUUGACGCGGAGAACAAAAAUAGCGGACGUUAUUAAAGCCCAUCACGAUCGGAAGCACGCUUCAGCGGUGUCUGUCGUGUCCCCGCAUGCAACUUUUCAGUAAGCGGUUGAAGCUGGGUCGCAAAGAAGAUGCAAAUGCCAUUGCAGUGUCACAAUCGUUUUGGCGAUACUUUGAUAGUCCUACGUUGACAGAGCAGAACGAUAGCUGGUGACCCCUCCAUGAGCGCAUAAUUAAAGACAGCUGGCGUUGAGAGGCUUCGCUUAUCUGGAUAAAUAGCAGGGCGUAUUGUAAGCUUGAGUGUCGAUUGAUCUCAAGAACGACCCUCUUGGUCUGAAGGCAGUUAUUCUGGGUGCCAGGUGUUAGUGUGUCUGUCUGGUGGAAGUAAUUCCUACAGCAAUGGCCAUCAAAUAAUCCAAGCCAGGUUGAUAUUGCUUUAAAGAAAAAGCUCGCUAGUUUGGUCGGAAAUGCCCAUUGGGAAGGCGGGGAUAGAAAUGAUUGUCUUUUGUCUAGAAGAUGUGCCCCCAAAUAUAGGAGACGAUUUCGUAGCAAAACUAACCUAUGGAAGUGUAUUUGAGACUUCAUGUAAAACAUAAAGUCAGAGUUAAUUAACUGGAGAAUAAAUCGAUACAAGAAGAAUCGCACAAGCCGCCGAAGAGUACAGUGCGUGACCGAUCUCAUGAAAUGUUUGUCAAAAUUCCGGAAUGCGUUUCCGAUUAGGAAGGAUUACUUAAGUUUGGUUGUGAUACUGAUUAUCAUGCAGCAUAACCCUAUAACAUUUCGGACUCGCCAGGAUGUCGGCUUUUGGGUGCACUUAUUUUUGACCUCCUACAGAAACCGCGCUCGGUAAAAAAUGACUACUACACUAGCAUGCAUUUUUCCUUUUGAUUUUCGAUGGCCUUAUAAAUUCGAAUAUAUUUUAUAGAAAACAUCCACAAAAUAUGUUUUAUUUCUCUCGUUUGGUAGAACAUCACAUUGUCUUCAUAUGUUAUGCCCAAAGAAAGUGCGUAUUUUGGUUUUAAAAUGUUUCCCAAUUCCCCAAUAAUUUUCAGCCUGAUCUGCCAUUGCAUCAGCGUUAAGCCUUUUCAGUCUACAUGUUGCAUGCUUUCCGUGUAAGAAAAAUCAUAUAUUCCUCUAUGCCUUUAAAAAGACACCACAUAGAGUUCAUGAAAUGUUGCAAUGGAUCCGGACUGUGUUUUACAUUUCAUGCGGUAUAUAUAUAUAUAUAUAAUGUUCCUUUGUUUAUAAUUUCAGUUAAUAUGGCUCAAGAACACAGUCCAUGUUGCGCUUUUGAGGGAAUUCGUUGAAUUCAUGCUGAACGACAAGAGGGCACUCGAAGUCCGAGAUAUGCUGAUUAAUUACUCCUACCAUCGGCAUCCUGAUGAACAGUUCUAUGGAACGCUUGUCUACAAUACACAGCUUGGUGCCCCUGGAGCUUGUCCAGGCCUAUACAAAAAUGGCAAAGUGAACCAAGACUUUGCACAAUAUGAAGGAAUGCUGCGCUAUAAAAUAUGGUCUUCUAGACCCUGCCCUACAAAGUACGUCCGCUGGAUAUGCAUUUUGGGAUCUCAGAGUCUGGCCGAUCUGAUUACAUCCCCAUAUCUCUUCGCGAACAAAUUUCACGAGAACUACUAUCCCGAGGGUUACAGCUGUCUGGAGUUUGCAAUCGCCAAUCGGAGCUACCAAGGUCCUGCCUCCAAUUUUGAUCCAUCAGUCUUUGCAAGGUUUCGCUGUUCUUCAGAACAUUUGUAAAUGAACUGAUCGACGAGAAGUCCAGUUCCAACGCCAAUCUAGUCGAUGCAUAUGUUAUGAUUUGGAUGAAAUAACCAAAUAUGUCUUCUUUUUUAGUUGGUCCCCACGGAGGAACCCUUUUUAUUUUAAUUGGCUUCAGAACGUAUAGAAAUAAUGAGGUCAAGGAAAACUUAAUUUCAGCGCCAAUCUAGCCGAUGCAUAAGUUAGUAUUUAAAUGGAAGAACAGAAUGUGACUUCAUUUUGAUUUAAUUUCAAAUGAGAAAAUUUUCUUCGCCUAACUGGAUAUGAGAUUUUCAACAAGAAAACUAAAGUCAAUAUGCAGUUUUAUAAGUUGUAAUUUAAAAUAUUGGUAAGACUUUUGUGCAAUUAAUGACCGGUCAAGAGGGUAACGAGUCAUAACUCCUUAUCCAAGUACAGAAGUAGGCACGUGUGUAAAAUCAACAGGAACUGUUUAUGCAUAAAUUUUGCUGAUUGGCAUUCCGACAAAUUCAAACCGCGAGGAUGUUGACCGAAAGCAGUGACAUUUUUUAUGAUAAAAAGCAGUCUUCUCACAACCGAGAACUGCAAGGACAUCGACACCUUUGAAUUUCGGAAGCACUUUGCCAUAAUUAUUCUAUUUCAGGAAUGGGACGUAAUCGUUGGAACAAUAACGCUUUUUGUCUGACAUCUCUUAUUCACGCUCGAAUCCAUUAUCGAGAACCGAAGGCGACGGUAGGGUAAAGGACCUCAAUAACCUGUCCGUAUGCCAUGAAGCAUGUUUGCGGGAAUGAUGGCAAUGGGCGGGGGGCGUGUGGCAGCACACCGGACAGUAAGCGAACUGAAUGUAAGAAGACGGUCGGAAGGAAAACGAACCUGCCGUGCAAAUUGACUUAUGUAUGCAGAAAAGGUAGCCAGCUGGAUAUUCCAGCAAAGGUAGGAUAAAGAACCCCAAUAGCCUGUCGGUAUACUGUGGUUCAUGUCAUGCGAGGACCCCCCGGCAGACACAUCUGUUAUCCCUCAUUUCACCUCACCUCCUGCCCACUUGAUUUGCUUUCUUUUUUUUUCUCUUGAUUGAAACUACCAGUCACCGGUACUUAAUUGGAUUUCCAAGUUCACACAUCAGCACACGAUCCACAUCUAAUUGGGGUCCAUCACUCUACCGUUGCCGAACCGAGAAAGAUAAGAGGGUUAGAAAGGGUGCAACAGCAAACUUUUGCUGCCAAAUAGGGCAAGGAAGUCUCCUAUUCCAUGCAGCCAAGCGUUACUCCGUUCCUUUUAGGAAUGGUCAAUGCAAAGUACACGAUUAACCGCGUUCUAACUGAUGGUCAAGCGACAGUUGCGAGUUAAGUCAUAUGAGACCCUGCGUUAAAAAUGACAGUGGAAUGCUGUGUUUGCGUUUUGAAACGGACAGCAGGUCUGCUGUAAGCCUGAUCGAUCUGAUUCGGCAAAACACGCUCGAAAUUGAAGGAGGCAUCCACCUCUGUGCGCUGAUCGAUCCUCCAAUUGCCUAACGGCUGUAGAGCAGAGGGUGGAGAGCCUGAAGAUGACGCAGAUUUUCGCACGACGGCGCUAUGAGGUUGCAAUUAAUGCCAAAGGUCUCGCAGUUUCGGCAAAUGCAGAAAUAAACCUCAGUAUCCGGUGUAUGCUGUAAAAAAAUAGUAUUCUGGGAAAUAUGUGCACACUAUUGUUGCAUAGCGGUUUUUUCUGAGGGGUCGUCCUGGAAGGCAGUCGGUACGUGUCCUCUAACACCCUGUUAGUGCUCUAUCAUUGUAAUUGAAAUACCUACAUACUCCGACGGAGUAUUUGUCGUGGGGUAAGACAAAACAGGACACAAAUGACUAGUCCCGUUAUUAGUAAGAAACGCCGAUGUGGCCGAUUUAAGCAAGACUGCCUCAAUCAUAGCCUUUGUCCAAAGACACCGACUUGCACAUAAGGACUACGGAGGUAUUUUAUCCCAACUUUACUAUCGACUUGCGACGGUGUUUUUUUCCAUUGACACGCAAUUUUCGGGCCCAUAAAAGAACCAUCUUCCUGUUUAUUGUUCUUCAUUAACGAAUAACCUUCAUGAAAUAGGGCUUGGCGUCGCGAAGCCUUGUCGUACUUUACAGUAGCUGAAAACUGGCGCAAUACUGAUCUUACUGCCAUUGUGCACCACGAGUUGACAUACUGACAUCCAAUUCAAAAAAGUCUCCCUGCUGACAUUUUUCAAUGUGGCGAUACGAUUGGAGAGGUCAUUUUGGUCUUCGAAUCCCUGCUAAUGCGUCAGAAAAACGUAAAUGCCGAUCGGACUCAAAAUAGUUUUGUGGCACAUUGGGCUAGUAACAAGGGUAAGCCCAAAGUGUGAAAGGUCUAGAAGCCUGUUCUAUGCCGACAUCAGCAAGCCAUGGCCCUCGCUGCCUGGUAUGGGCUGCCGGCACCCCUCUGUCCGUCAGGCUGAGAGGCACGCGGUGGACAUAAUCGCUCGUUCGUGUGCGUAUGCGUGUAAGUCCUCGGAAUCGACGCUCAGGCCCAAGCAGUCAAAGUUGUCACAGCGGCACUUACACCCCCAGCCUGACGAAGCCACUACCAGAACACAACAAGGAGCCUUCCCCACAUUUUGGCAAACAUUGGUACACUCCCCUGAUGACGGAACCGGUUUUCGUAACUUAGCUGAUGCUCGCGGGUAAGCAGUAACUCAGCCUCCGAGGAUGAUUUAUUUCGCAUAAAUCGACUUCCAUAAGAUUCGACCGACUGGCAAAUAAACACAAAACAAAUCUGUCGUCCAAGGAAAUUGUCUCACUACAUGGUUUUCUAUGGUGCCGUCUAAUCAAAAGGCUGUUACUCCGCAUGAAUUUCCGAACAACAGCUGGAUGGACAGGAGCAUAAGAACUCCCACUUUUGGCGCCUUCGUCAACUCUCCUAAGCCCAACUCUCAAACACUCAUUCCAACCACAAAGCAGGCACAAUACAUCGUGAUUUUCGGGGAGCUUUAGAUCGUUCUGUUGAGCGAUGGACAAAAAUAAGGCCAUCGGGACACACUCGCGAAAGCGCCACGACGUCAGCUUUUGGGUAAUAGGGCCAAUGAGCGUCCGAACUGCUUUUUAUGCCACGAGACCUAGGCUGUGGAAUGCGUCGUUCCCUUAAGCGCCGCACUGACAUUGGACAUAUUCCUAAACGUGCUGACUACCGCCGAGUUUCCAUAGGCCGUUUGUGUCGCCUGUCCAAGAUUGUCUGCUCUAGUGGAUACAAGAAGGAAUAUUUUGUGCAUGUUUUCUAUGGAAUGAUUUGGAAUUUAAAAGGGCAGAGAGAAUUGAUAUAGAAAACGCAUAUUGUUCAAGCGGUCAUUUCUUGCCUAGUGUGGUAAUUGUAGGUGUCUGAAAAGAAGUUCUUUCAAAAGCCAACACCCUGAAGUAUCUGAAGCAUCAUGAGAUUAUGCUGUACGAUGAUAUAUAAUUCAACCUCACUCAAGUGCACCCUUCCAAUCGAAGACGCAUUUCAGAAUUUCGGUCGACACUUUAUGGGAUCGGUCACUGGCAAUGUUUAUUCAAUUCUACUUCAUGCAGGGCUUUUGAACCAGACGACAAUUGUGCAUUCAUUUGACGCUUAUGCUCAUUCUUUGUUGCUGAGCGGGUGUCCGACGGCUCAAUCUGCCAGGAGUAGGUAAACACAAUGGUGAAUGAAGUCGUGCUAACACGAAAAUGUUACACUUAUGAUGGUUAUAUCACUAAACUCGAAAUGUGGUUAGGGGUUAUAAAAAUAACCGGGAGCUGGGACUUCGAACCUGCAUUCGUUAGAUCCAGACCCUUUCUCUCCCCUCGCCUCCCCUCCCAAAACUAUGAUCGUGGAAACAGCGCAUGACCCUUUGAAGGAUGCGUUGGCGGACGAAUUUGCUUGAACGCACACCAUUAGGCGGUGUAAAACUGAAGGAACACCUGUCUAGGCCUUUAGCCAGCACCUCCUUGGGAGAGCGGUGCAGCCACUUAUAUGUGUAUUGAAUAAAUUAAUUACUAGUGAUUUUUGUAAUUAUCAGGACUGUUUAUUUAUUCGCCCAUUGUGAACGGUAUUUAGUUCAGCCGUUUAUGAGGGGAUCGGGGAAGAUCUGGGCAAUCUGGUUUGGUUGGCAUAAGUCCGAGUACCUGCAUUAGAGUCUACAAAAUACUGAAUUAAAUUCGUGGGAAUUGUAACAUGUAGGCAAAUAUAAUCGGCGAAAUAUACGCUCUGGUCCUUACUAAGCAUUUAUACUGUGGAAAUCAGGAAUUCGUUUCUCUGUGUAUUAAUGAUCGUCUUAAUGUUAAAUAUACCUGACUAUACGCACACCACCUGAGCGCCGACUUUCCUGAAGAACACAGUCCAAAUUGCAUUAAAGUAGUCUAGUUCAGCAGUAACCAAUCCUAAUUUUUCAACAGAUUUCCGCUCAUCAGCCAGGAAUCGGCGGAUGAGGAGUCAAAGAAGGACUUCGCAUUCAGCAUUUACCCGUCUCAGAACUUGAACAUUUAUACGCGAAAUUCCUGUGUGCAUUAAAUUAGCACGUAGAUCAGAAUUGGGGAAAAAUUAUGUCAAACAUCUGUGUAGUGUGUGUUGGGGCGUUUCUAGAGUAUAAUAUCCUUGCCUUGAUUUAAAUUUCUCUUUCAAUGAACGAGAUAUAUUGUGAUUGGAUGCAAGUAUGUCCUUGCAGAUGAACAUUAAGAUUAACCACAUAUUCUUGGUUCGAAACGUCGUCGAUCGAAACCUACGGCGGCAAAAACUGACGAAAUUACAGAAUAGGAGCGCACGGCUUAUAGCGUUGUCGACCGUACGGAGAGCAAGCUGAAAAGAAAGUACUCCUGCAGACGGCUUCACCAUAAGAAGCUGUUAAUCCAGCUGUGUUAUCACGUGGGUGUGGCAAUGUUUUGUAGAUUGUGCCUUUUUCUGAUAGUUCUGGCAUGCCGAUACUGCCUUUACCACGAUGGAAGCUUUGGCAACUCCGUCAUCCUUACCACGAACGCUUUUCGGCCUCUAGCUUUUUCUGAGCAGCAAAAAUAAUUUACGACAUAUCUGUCCUUUCGUAUUUCCUGGCGCCUUCACCUGUCCUAGCUUUGACUGAAAUGCGGAAGUGAAGGUCCUGUCGGCAGCAUUAUUUUCAAAAGUACAAACUAGAAUGCGCUUGAUUAACACUUCUGCGGUUUAGACGGCAACUGAGCAAUCCCUGGGGCACCACUGCCGAAAAACCAUCAAAGCAUUUAUUCAGCAGGGUGAGCCAGCUCAGAAUGGCAGCCUGGAAUUUUCGUUCCCUUUUAGACAACCCCAGGAGCAACCGACCGAAACGGAGGACAGCGCUAGUGGCACGAGAACUGGCGCACUACAAGGUGGACAUCGCCGCACUCAGCGAGACCCGAUUCUCCGAACAAGGCCAAAUGGAGGAGGUGGGUGCCGGACACACCUUCUGCUGGAGUGGUCGACCCAAGGCAGAGCGACGAGAUGCGGGCUUCGCCUUCGCUAUCCGGACCGACAUCGUGGGACGACUGCCCUGUUUGCCGCAGGGCAUCAACGAUCGCCUGAUGAACCUCCGUCUGCCUCGCCGUCGGGGAGGCAAAUUCGCCACCAUCAUCUGCGUCUACGCUCCGCCGAUGAGCAGCCCCGACGCCGCCGCAAGAGACAAAUUCUACGAGGACCUGCACGCCCUCUUGGCGACUGUGUCGAUGGCGGACAAGUUGAUUGUCCUUGGUGACUUCAACGCCCGCGUCGGCACAGACAAUACUGCCUGGAGAGGAGUGCUGGGUCCCAAUGGUUUUCGCGGCUCAAACAACAAUGGUCUGUUGCUCCUCCGCACCUGCGCAGAACACCGCCUCAUCCUGACGAACACGUUCUUCUGUCUGCCGGAGCGAGAGAAGGCCAUCUGGAGGCAUCCUCGGUCGCGUCCGUGGCACCUGCUGGACUAUGUCCUCGUCCGGAGGCGAGAUAAGCGGGACGCGCUGGUGACGAAGGCGAUCGCGGUUGCUGUGGGUGGACCGACCAUCGCCUCGUAAUCUCGACGAUGCGUAUUCGCCUUCAGCAUCGCAGGAGACCACAAGGUAAGCGACCCCCAGGUAAGCUGAAUACAGCCUUCUUGUCUUUGCACGCUCACCAUCUUCAUUUCAGCAAUGAGCUAGCUCGCCGGAUAGACAAACUUCCAAUCGCUGCCGCCGCCGCCGCUGCCGAGAACGCCUCCGUGGAGAACCACUGGUGUCAACUGCGAGACACGGUCCAGUCGACGGCGCUCGCCGUCCUCGUUCGCGCUCCCCGUCAACACCAGGACUGUUUCGACGACAACGACGUCGCCAUCAAAAAUCUGCUACCUGAGAAGAACCGCCUACACAAAGCCUACGUAGAUCACCCCACUGAGGAUAACAAAGCUGCAUUCUACCGCAGUCGCCACCAGCUUCAAAAACGACUGCACGAGAUGAAGGACGCCUGGACUGCUCGCAAAGCCGAGGAGAUCCAAGGCUACGCGGACCGGAACGAAUGGAAGAAAUUCUUCUCUGUGAUGAAAGCUGUCUACGGUCCGCCGACGAAGGGCACUGCUCCUCUCCUCAGCGCCGACGGCAGCUCUCUCCUGACUGAGAAGACGCAAAUCCUACAGCGAUGGGCCGAGCAUUUCCGAGGCGUCCUAAACCGCCUCUCCUUCAUCUCCGACGCCGCCAUCGAGCGUCUGCCGCAAGUGGAGACUAACAUGGACAUCGACCUCCCGCCAUCUCUCCAGGAAACCAUCAGGGCCGUGCCUCAGAUCUCCAGCGGGAAAGCACCCGGAUCGGACGCAAUCCCUGCUGAGGUCUACAAGCACGGAGGUCCCCGACUGAUGGAUCACCUGACUGCGCUCUUCCAGGAGAUGUGGCGUCAAGGGGAUGUCCCACAAGAUUUCAAAGACGCAACCAUCGUGCAUCUCUGCAAGCGAAAAGGGAAUCGCCAAGUCUGCGACAACCACCGCGGCAUCUCCUUGCUGAACAUCGCCGGGAAGAUCUUGGCCAGCAUUCUUCUCAACCGCCUCAAUAACCAUCUGGAACAGGGCCUUCUGCCGGAAAGCCAAUGCGGCUUCCGUCGUAAUCGUGGGACCACGGAUACGACCUUCGCCGCCCGUCAACUUCAGGAGAAGUGUCAGGAGAUGCGGACCCACCUGUACUCUACCUUCCUGGACCUGACGAAAGCCUUCGACACGGUGAAUCGUGAAGGACUGUGGAAGAUCAUGCAGAAAUUCGGCUGUCCGGAGCGAUUCACUCAGAUGGUGCCUCAGCUGCACGACGGUAUGAUGGCGCGAGUCACGGAAAACGGUGCUAUCUCAGAGGCGUUUGCAGUGACCAAUGGAGUGAAGUAGGGAUGCUUGCUAGCGCCUACCCUCUUCAGUUUUAUGUUCUCUGCCAUGCUGAUGGACGCCUACCGCGACGAACGACCCCGGAUCCGCAUCGCCUACAGGACGGACGGUCAUCUGCUGAAUCAACGGCGCAUGAACUUCCAAUCGCGCGUAUCCACAACCACCGUUCUCGAACUUCUCUUCGCCGACGACUGCGCCCUGAACACCACCUCGGAAGAGGAGAUGCAACGCAGCAUGGACCUGUACUCCGCCGCCUGCGAGAACUUCGGUCUGGUCAUUAACACGCAAAAGACGGUGGUGAUGCACCAACCGCCACCCAACUCAGCCACAGCCCCUAACGCGUCGCCGCAACUCCGCGUGAACGCAACCCAAUUGCAUGUGGUGGAGAACUUCCCGUACCUGGACAGUACCCUCUCCCGCAACACCAAGAUCGAUGACGAAGUCGCUAACAGGAUCUCGAAAUCCAGUCAAGCCUUCGGUCGCCUCCAAAGCACAGUUUGGAAUCGUCACGGACUUCAACUAAGCACGAAGCUAAAGAUGAACAAGGCCGUCAUCCUGCCGACGCUACUGUACGUAGUGGAGUCUUGGACGGUGUACAAAAAGCAGACACGGCGACUGAACCACUUCCACCUCAGUUGUCUUCGUCGCAUCCUCAGGCUGAACUGGCAGGAUCGAAUCCCCGACACUGAUGUGCUGGAACGAACGGGAAUGCUGAGCAUCUACGCCAUACUGAGACAAAUAUAG